AUGGCCUUCUUGAAGCCUUUCUUCCGAUUCAGCCCCGAAGUCCUCUGGGAUUUGCUCAAGCGCGUGUAUCUCUUCAUCCAACCGCUUUCCAUGAUGGCCAUGUCUUGGUUCCUUCGCAAUGAUCUCCUGGAGGCUGACAGAACCACACGAAUGAAAUUCAUUACAGAGCUCGAGCAAGCGUGCAGUCAGAGCGCACUCGCCCCCGGAAACCCUUUCCUGCCUGAGGGCAAGAUUCCCAGCCUGGUCACGACCGAGAAAGUGAAAAAGUUGAUGCCUCGUGCCAGUGCUGACUUGGUUGAGUUUGUCCGUAUGCAUGCAAAAAAGGUGUUCUUAACCACUUUGCUUAGCAGACACGACACGGUGCAUGCCGCCAUGAGCAGCUUUUACGAGCAUGGGGUCAUGGAUAACGCGUUGCCCAUGAAAGCCCUCGCGAGUGCACGCCAUAUUUGCGUGUUCCCACCAGAUGGGGAGUGUCACCACAAGACGCAAUGGCCCUGUUUCCAGUCAUGGGAAUGCUGCGAGGUCUCGGGUUUCAACAAAAGCCAAUGGGUGUUUUGUGCUCCAGUAUUCACGGAGAAUGACUCGCUGCUGAGAUUCGAGGAAAGCUACGUGCUGCCCUUCACGUCGGUGGACGACAUUGGCACAGGAGGUCAUUUCAGUAUAGAUGCAAGUGGACAAGUCUACGUUGCUUUGAAGCACAUGAAAGACCUCAGAGAACCAGGGUACAAUGUCGAAACUUCAUGGGUUAGCGAAGCCAGAGCCCUCGAUCAAAUCAACCGACUCAACCACAAACACUUGAUCCGCCGCACGGGAUCUUUCAGAACGGACAAGAAUUACUAUAUUAUGUCGGAGUGGGCUGAUGGCGGUAAUCUUCGAGAUGUUUGGGCGAGGCAAAACAUUGACCAUACCAUGUUGAACGGCACUCGCAUCAUGCAGGUCUUGGAACAACUGCAUGGUCUAGCCGAUGCACUUUCGAAACUCCACAACACAGUCAACACCAAGCAGCUCAAUGGAGGCACCCCGGGCCCUCUCCCCAGAGCCGAGACCAUUCUAGCACCUUCCUCUCGUGGCGCGCCCAAGGUAAAACUUCAAGUUGAUACCGACAACAGCGACAACACUGGCGAAGAGCACUGGAGGCACGGAGACUUGAAGCCUGACAACAUCCUCCACUUCAAGGACCCAACCUCUCCAUGGCUGGGAACUCUCAAGAUUGCAGACCUGGGUUUGGCAAAGCAGCAUGCGUUUGCCACGUCCCGGCGAGAGGACCCAACUGCGCAGAGGUACUCAACAUCCCAUUAUGAAGCCCCAGAGGUUGUCACCAGGCGAUACGAGCCACGAUCUCGACUCUAUGACAUUUGGUCCAUGGGUUGUAUCAUUUUUGAGUUCGCCAUCUGGUUGCUCUACGGCUAUCCUGGGUUACAAACAUUCUACCGAGAGAAGCCGCCGACAAGCAGGGAUACACUCUACUUCACGGCAAACUCAAGAGAGGAUCACGCCCAAGUGAGCGACAUUGUUACUAAGUGGAUGCAAUACAUGCUUCAGUUUGACCCGGAGUGCAACAGCCAGUCUCCCAGUGCCAUUGGCGACCUCAUCAAACUGGUAAAGAACCACCUCCUUGUGGUUACCCUCCCGGGACAGAUAGGCCAGGGAAGAACUCGCCAGAGCGCAGACUUCUUGGAGAGAAGCCUGAGGGACAUCAUGAACAAAGCAGUGACUAAUCGUGGAGGAACCUAUCUCUUUACUCGGUCGAGCCGAACAGCAGCACAAGCACUUAAAGAGAUGAGUUCUCUUUCGACGGGCUCUGGGGGACAAGCUGUGGCCUUUAAGAGCCCAAAUCUGUAUAGUGUGAAAUUUGAUAACAUUUGGGAAUUUCAAGAUGGCAACUCGUUUGCAACUAGUUUCCUUCGCAAACAAGACGAUCACCUGUCGAGACCUUUCCCUCCUCAACCGGUGUCAAUUUGCAAGCCCUGUGCGCGCCUUAGUCUCUUGACUGACGUUGUUCUGAUGAAUGACACAUAUGCCAACAUCGAGAAGCUAUCUGAAAAGUGUCAGCUCCACCGACUGAUUUUUGAUGCCUCGAAUGGAUACCAUGGAGCCGACCUGAUCGAGGUUCGCCGUGUUGGUGGUGCUCUGAAACUUAACGGAGAGCUAAUAUCAGGUCUCUCAAUCUACAGAGGCCUAGCCAAAAACACAAUGUUGCAUCCAGCAACUCGCUCCCCGGGCAAUAUCCACAUCGGUUUGCCCCAACUCCCCGAAGUAAACAGCUCACCAUUCUACGAUUUGUUUUUGCAUUGGAUCCAGGACUGUGAUGAAAACCACCUGGAGUGCCGCCCGUUGAACCGCGACCCAGAGUGUCUGCCCACUCGACUGCUGGAUGUCGGCUCCAGCGGAAGCCUGGGUAACGAGUCGUCGGUUCAUCUACUUGUGACCAGAAGAGAUCUGGAUACGAGUCACGACCUACGCUACAUUGCACUCUCUCAUCCAUGGGGAGAUACCAGGCAAAAUGACCACUUCUGCACAACCCCUGAAAAUGUUAAACAACGGCUAAUGAGCGGCAUUCCGUUUGAUAAACUUCCCCUUACUUUCAAGAACGCAGUGCAGGCUACUCGCUCGCUCAAUGUUCAGUACCUGUGGAUCGACUCACUUUGCAUCGUUCAAGGCGAUGGUGGCGAUUUUGACACCGAGGCCAAGAACAUGGAGACCAUCUUCAGCUCGGCCUACUGCGUGAUAGCCGCCAGCCGGGCUUCAGGGACAUCGAGCGGGUUUCUGGGAGACAGGAAACCUCGAGAAUUCAUCAGAUUUGACGAGGCGACAGGUAGUCCACACUACAUCUGUAAAGCCAUCGAUGACUUUCAGCAUGAUGUGAUCGAGGGGAAUCUCAAUAAACGGGGAUGGGUCCUUCAAGAGCGUGCCCUCGCUCGACGAACAAUCUACUUUACUGAGAACCAGACGUACUGGGAGUGCGGGAAAGGGAUUCGGUGCGAGACUCUGGCUCGCAUGACAAACACGAAAGUCGCAUUUCUAGGUGACCCAAACUUCCCAAAUUUGGCCAUCGAGUCUACCAAAGGAACGAAGAUUCGCUUUUACGAGGAACUCUACGAGGCAUACUCAAGACUUGACUUCACCAAGGCAUACGACAGGCCCAUCGCUAUUGCCGGCCUGGAACAGCGUCUCGUCAAUGCUUUUCAAACCCAUGGAGGCUAUGGCGUCUUUCAGGGGGAAUUCUUCGGGAGAAGUCUGUUGUGGAUUCGCGACGCCAGUUCCACGGACAAGCUCAAGAAGAUUGACUUCCCUUCGAGCCAGAAAUAUGCCGUCCCGACAUGGUCGUGGAUGGCGUAUCAAGGGGCUAUAACCUUCCUGGAGGUUCCUUUCGAUGGGGUUGACUGGGAACAAGGGAAGGACGCGAUCCGGUCACCGUGGACAUGGAGUGAUUCAUCAUCAACCUCAGCCACAUGGCACACGGGAAAUUCGAACGAAAGGAUCGACUUGAUGGCCAACGCAAGAGAUUUGGUAGAUUUCGCCACUGCUGAGAAAGAAAUCGUCUACGACCAAGGACGGAUGGCUUUCACUAACGGGAGAGUCAAAUGUGUGGUCGUUGGAAAGGAAAAGGUGCGGUAUGGAAAGGCGGGUGUGGAACUUCCGCGGCAAUGCUAUGUCCUUAUAGUAGCUCCAAGGGAAAUAUCUGGGUCUAAGUACAAGAGAGUAGGAGCUGCUUGUUUGCCUGAAACAUGUGUCGCUGGGGACAGCACACCAGGAGAGAGUGUGCAAAUAUUCUAG